AUGUCAAGCUCGAGCAGCGGCACUAGCAGUGGUAACAGUGGCAGCAGCACUUCACAGGCUCCUCUGCCUGGGAGACGCCCGAUGUACCGUGGGGUGAGGCGUAGAAAGAGCAGUGGGAAGUGGGUAUCGGAGAUUCGGGAGCCAAGAACACCUAAUAGAAUUUGGCUUGGUACGUUUCCUACCCCUGAAAUGGCGGCGGCGGCCUAUGAUGUGGCUGCACUUGCUCUCAAGGGUCCCGAGGCUGAGCUCAACUUUCCUAAUUCAGCUUCUUCGUUGCCUGCCCCUGCCUCUGCUUCUCCACGAGACAUUCAGGCUGCUGCAGCUAGUGCGGCCGCGGCUGCUGGUGCAGCAAUGGACGCUCUAGCUGGUAAUGCUGCUGCCCUCCAUGCAAUGAACCACACUCUAGCCGAUAAAACUGAAAACCUCAUUAGUCCAACACCACCUGAUCAUCAAAAGGAUCAUGAGUUUAUUGAUGAGGACUUAAUCUUUGAUAUGCCAAAUGUUCUAACCAACAUGGCCGAAGGAAUGCUUCUAAGCCCGCCACGCCUUGACAUUGCUGGUGAUGAAACUUCCACUGAAAGCAUGGGUGCCCACGAUCUCUGGAAUCAUCCCUAA